ACACAAACAGUGCAUUCCUGACCUUUCCUCUCCUCUUUGUCACCACAUAGACAGGAUUACCAGGGUGACAGACUUCAGGCUGAAUGGCUGUUUCACAGGAGCGAAAGCUGUUGGUGUGUUUCUAAAAACCGAAGACAAUCUCAUCACUUCACUAACGUCAACUCAGAAAAAAGAAGAUAAAAUAUGUACCAUGCCCAAAGGGCAGGGAGCCAAAGGGACAAAGGUGACCCUCAAGGUCGCCAAAAAGGCAAUACGGAUGACCCCAGAUGGACGACGUAGACUCACGCUUAGCAACAUGGGCAUAACCAUCUUCCCAAAGUGCCUCCUAAAACUGACCAAUGUGGACGAGUUGGACCUCAGCCGAAACCUGAUCCAGAAACUCCCAGAUAACAUCGGGAACUUCUCCGCUCUCAGAUGGCUGGAUCUACACAGCAACAAGCUGGAGUCUGUGCCUGAGUCCAUCGGCAACCUGGUGGGACUGACACACCUCAACCUCUCCAACAACCGGCUAAUCUGUGGGGGUUUACCCUCAACACUGGGUCUUCUCUCCAGCCUCAAGAGUCUCAAUCUGGGGAUGAAUCAGCUGGAUGAUCUGCCUCCCACUAUGAUGGCUCUAGAUAAUCUCCAGGAGUUAGGUCUGUUUGAUAACCUCUUCAUCAAUCUGCCAGAGUUUGUGAGAAGCCUACGCAACCUCACUAAGGUGAACAUUAGAAGAAAUCCUCUAUCGUGUGUUCAGUGGGAUGAUGAGGGGGUGCAGAAGGAAAAGGAAGACGUGUUCUUGGUACAUGAGUGCAGCCUGUGUAGGACAUGCCUCAAAAGAUGUAAAGAGCAGAGGGAGAGCCUUAGAAGAGGAAGAGGAGGAGGAGGAGGUGACAUGUUUGAGGAGAAAAAGAUAAGGACUUAUCAAGGUCUGAUGGUGCCAAACUCAGUGGCUGCAGUCAAUCAAGACGAGUGGAGAAUCAGAAAGGUGGAACACAAGUCAAUUAAAUGACCAAACAGCGUCACAAAAGUAAUCUUCACAAACUAAGCAACAAAUAGAAUAAAUGUCACUUUUAGGCAGCUCUAAAAACUGAAAUAAUAUUUGCAUAGCAUCAUACUAUAU